AUGACUCGCAUUACGCCAACUAUUAAAAGAACCUUUCCACUUCUUCUUUUGUUCAUAUUAUUCUGUUUUAAUAAUGUUCAAGCAAAUUUACAUCAGGACACAAUUUUUGUUAGUGACACUCAAACCGGUCUCAGUAAUAUAGAAAAAGGUAAAUCUGUUGAAAUUACUGCUGAAAAAGUUGAUAAAACACCAAGUCUAGAAAGUAGCGCCAAAGGAAUUCUUUUCACUGUUGAUAACCCAUGCUCAGACUUUACAACAAUCAUACCUUCAAAUAUACCUUCUAAAUUAAUCAACCAAGCAAUAGCAGUUAUCAAACGCAGUGCCGCCUGUCCAGAUCUACAACAAUUUGUUAAUGUACAAAAAUUUGGUGCAAUUGGAGCAAUUGUAUAUGAUGCUGCUGCUACAUCUUCAGAUAUCGUCAUUGAUGAUACAAUUAAAAUUCCAUUCUAUAAAGUUGACCGUGAAUCAGGAGAAAAUUUAUCCAGUACUGUUACGACAUUGGCAAAAGAACCUGCAACUGAUAAAGGAUUUAGAAUGAUUCGUAUUAUAAUCGACGCAUCGUCACAAGGCGGUUUUGGCAGUGGUUGGCAAAUCGCAAUCAUUGUAAUUGUUUUGAUUCAUUGUCGCUUAUAUCAACUUCGUCGCUAUGAACGUGAUGCAAUGAUGGCUCAACAUGAAUCAAAUAUUUCUAGUAAAUUAGAUUCAUUCAAAUUAGAAUCAUCAGUAGUCAAAUCAUUCCCUACAAUUUCCUAUUCAAAAGACCUCCAUACCAAAAAGAGCGACUCAAAAACUGAAUCAACUCCUGGAAGUGUUCGUAGAUUAUCACUGUUAACAGAAGACGGUUCCUCCAAUGAUGAGUAA